AUGCUGCAUUUUCUCUUUCCCCUCUCCCUUUGCAAAUGCCUCCAGACUGGCCUCGCGUUGUUUGACAGUGAAGCGCGCGCAUGCCUGCACUUUUCAGGCUCCCGCGCCUGGAAUUGCUCGCGCUUGUCCAACGCCAGAGUGGAAAAAUGCACCCCCUCCCCAUCCCCCUUCCGGCUAGAGAAGAUCUCGCUAAUGCAAUUAUUCCCAUUUGUUAUUUAUAGCCCGGCUGACACUGAGACGGCGUCACUGAGCGGAGAAUCAUGUGUUGACUCGACUGCCCCUGAGCCCGCCGCGGUCCGCGCAAGCCUGCGCCCGACGGUAUUCGAAGAGAUGACCCACAGCGGAAUCGACUGGUGCCGGUACUGCGGGACAACCGAGGGCAUCAACUGGCGCCCGGGGCCCUGGGGCAAGCGCACGCUGUGCAACAAGCACGGGUGCGACUACAAGGGCUACGGCUUUGCCUCCAAGAUGCCGCGCCUGAACCUCCGCAACUUCGCCGAGGAGGCUGUCGAGGAGCGUCUGCGGCCCGUGCUGCAGACCUUCUGCCAGGUGUGCCAGAAGGACUUUUCCGAGCACGACAACGUCCUGAUGCACUGUGACGGCUGCCACCGCGCCUACCACCAGGAGUGCCACCCGGAGGGCAUCGCCGACGAGUGCGUGCGCUUCGACAAGCGCUGGUACUGCGAGCCGACGUGCAUCGACAACGUGCGGCGCAAGAAGAUCCUGGUCGAGCUGCCCAAGUGCCGGCUGCCGUACAUGUGCUCGCCAAGAAACAACGCCCACAGCGACAGCGCCAAGAACGGGACCCAUCAGACCACCCCGAGGACCACACGGAAACGCAAGGCGUCUGCCCAGCGCGACAGUGGGUCGUCGGACGCGCCAAAGGCCGCCGCCACCUCGCGAAGCAACAAGGUGCGCAAAUCGUCGAGAGUCACUCGCCCGUCAAAGCGUCUAACCUCUGACUACGCCGAGUAG